AGCUACAACUGAGCAAACAUGGCCGACAUGAAUAUGAUGGGCAAGAUCACCUUUUACGAGGACAGGAACUUCAUGGGACGCUCCUAUGAGUGUAUGAAUGAUUGUUCCGACAUGUCCUCCUACAUGUCCCGCUGCCACUCCUUCAGGGUGGAGAGAGGUUGCUUCAUGGUCUACAACCGCACCAACUACAUGGGUAACCAGCACUUCAUGAAGAGGGGCGAGUACGCCGACUACAUGAGCAUGUUUAACUGGAGCGACUGCAUCAGGUCCUGUCGUAUGAUCCCCAUGCACAGAGGAAGCUACAGGAUGAGGAUCUACGAGAAGGAGAACUUCGGUGGCCAGAUGCAUGAGAUGAUGGAUGACUGUGACAACAUCAUGGAUCGUUACCGCAUGAACAACUUCAUGUCCUGCAACGUGAUGGACGGUCACUGGCUGAUGUACGAGCAGCCCAACUACGGAGGCAGAAUGUCGUACAGAGGAAGCUACAGGAUGAGGAUCUACGAGAGGGACAACUUCGGUGGCCAGAUGCAUGAGAUGAUGGACGACUGUGACAACAUCAUGGAUCGUUACCGCAUGAACAACUGCAUGUCCUGCAACGUGAUGGACGGCCACUGGCUGAUGUAUGAGCAGCCCAACUACAGAGGCAGAAUGACGUACAUGAGGCCUGGCGAGUACAGGAACUUCCACCAGAUGAUGGGAGGCAUGGGAGGCAUGGGCAACAUGAGGUUCAUGAGCAUGAGGCGCAUCAAUGACUCUUUCUACUAGACAAUGUUUUAACUGUGCUGA